CGCAUUUUAAAGCCUCAAACUUGGAGUGCCAUUUCUCCACACACCAUGCUAACAUAGCCCAGGAGUUUCCUAAAGGCACAGAGCUACGCAAGCACAAGGAGAUGAGUUUAAACAGGCUUACUGCACCUGGCCAACUGUACCCAGGAGACUUCCUGAGAUCAAACAAUAAUGCUGCCACAGCAACAUUUACGGCUGAUGGGAACUUUGUUGUCACAACCACAAAGCAAGUUUGGGAAACUAGCUCAGCAGGAAAUGGAGGUGCCUUCAUAAUCAUGCAAGCGGAUGGGAACCUGGUCAUAUACGACGGCAACGACACACCCAUAUGGGCCAGCCAAACUGGUGGGAAUGGUGGACCAGCAUCCCAGCUCUGCUUGGCCGAUGACGGGCACCUACAAAUACUUGAUGGUGGAAAACUGAUCUGGAGUCGCCACUGAAUGAUGUUCAUCCUCCUGUUCCUGAUGCACCACACUGAGACCAGCAGAUUGGGAUUCUAAAUUGUUUUCUAGUCAUC